AUGAUACCAUGAAUUUGGGCCAAGUUUCUGUCUCCAUAACCGAUAGUUGAAGAAACAAAGGUUCAAAGUUGAAGAGAAGAGAAGGAGAGAAAAAGAGCUGUGAAGCUAUAUCAUAUUAUCAUAUCAAAAGAGAAAUGGGAUCAUCGGCGUCGGAAGAAGAGAUGAUUGUGAGUCUACUGCAAGGAGGAGAUCAAGUGGCGGCCGCCGCUGUGACAACCAACUUGAUUUGUUUGCCUGAAAACAACAACAACAACAACAAUUUUAUUAAUGUUGUUCAACAAUCUUUGAAACCCCUUUUCUUCACUACCACUCACCACCACCAACAACAACAACAAUCCCUUUUCCCCUUUUGCUUCCCCUCAACAACUACUACCUCCCAUCUCCUUACAUCCUCUCCUUCAUCUCUCUGGGAUGAGAGGGGGUUGAGCUUUAUGAGAGGGAGAAAUGCGAUUGGAAAUUAUGGCGGUGAUGACGACAAGGAAAAUGACGGUAAGCCUCGGUUGAGGGUGUCGACGAUGAAGAUGAAGAGGAUAAAAGGUAGGAAGAAAGUGAGAGAGCCAAGAUUCAGCUUCAAAACCAUGACGGAUGUGGAUGUUCUUGACGAUGGUUACAAAUGGAGAAAGUAUGGCCAAAAAGUUGUUAAGAACACUCUCCAUCCAAGGAGUUACUAUCGUUGCACGGAAGAGAAUUGUAAGGUAAAAAAGAGAGUAGAAAGGUUAGCCGAUGAUCCAAGAAUGGUGAUAACAACUUAUGAAGGAAGACAUGCUCAUUCCCCUUCGGAUCAUAAUUUAGAAGAUCCUAUAAUGGGUCACUUACCCUCUUCCCACCUCACCAGUUUCUUCUGCUAGAAUUAGUCAUAUAUAUGCCUUGGGUUUUCUAUAAUAUAAUAAAGAUCAAUAUUGUGUUUCAACUUUAUGAUGAUUAAUUUUCCUUGUAAAUUAAGCUUUCAAA